AUGGAAAGCGAAUCACCUCACAAAAAGACUAAAGCUCCACCUCCAACUCUGGAAGAGAUACAAAGGCGACGUGAAGCUAGAAAGAAUGAAGUGAUACCUCCAGGAAUAUCCAGACGUGAAUGGAAAAAACAACAAAAGCUUCAGCGAUGGGAAGAGACAAAAGAUCAGUAUCGACAGGAUAUGAGGUUGAAAAAGAAACAACAGAGAGAGCGUAAGCGCGAGAGACUCAAACAUGAUCAAGAAUAUCGCAACAGUAUCAUCAAAAAGCCAAAGAAUCAAAUAGCCACUAAUGUAAAUAUAGCUAUUGAUUGUGAAUUUGAUGAUUUGAUGAACCAAAAGGAGAUAGUAUCGAUAGCGAACCAAAUUAGAUCUUGCUACUCAUCAAUGAGACAUUGUCAAUAUGAACUACCCGUUCAAGUCUUGUCCUUCAAUAAACGACUCAAACAAAGGUAUGAAACAUCCAACCCUGAAUAUACAUCAUGGAAGGGAAUCAAAUUCCAAUCACAAACUCUUGCUGAUAUAAUAACAUCAGAAAACAAACAUCAAUUUGUCUAUUUGACUGCAGAUACCGACAAUGAUAUUCAAGAAUUGAACCCCAACCACACAUACAUCAUUGGUGGAAUUGUCGAUAAGAAUCGACACAAAAAUUUGUGUUUUAAUAAAGCUAAAUCAAUGGGAUUGGCAAUGGCACGGUUACCUAUUGGACAAUAUAUCAAGAUUAAUAGUCGUGAUGUGUUGGUGACUUCUCAUGUGUAUGAAAUUAUUUGUCGAUGGUUUGAAUGUAAAGAUUGGCGAGAGGCAUUUAAUAAAGUGUUGCCGCCUAGGAAGGUGGUGAAGAGUAGCAAUGAUGGGGAAUAUGAUGCACUUAGUGGUGUAGUAGAAGGUGGAAAUGAAGAGGAAGGGGAAGAUGAGGAUGAAGGUUAA